ACAGAUCUCCCAGCUGGAGAUCCACUGGAUCUCCCACUUUCCAUUCUAGAAGUUGGCAUAGCAGGACGAUUGGAACUGAUCACAAAACCUCCAACAUCAAAUGGUCCUGCUUUCCCGUUAUCUACGAUUCCUAAUGGUUUGCCUCCAUAUGAUGUUGAUCUGUCUUCCGAAGUGAUCCAGAAAUAUCUUAGUGACCCGGAGUGGCUUUCUGUCCAUGAUUUUGACUGGAGCCAGAGGUCCUGGCCUCGUACCAAGGAUGUGAGCUCCCUGUUCCACAUGGACAUCAGUGCUCCACAGACUGAUAUCAGCAUGGAGCGUAACUCUGCUACAGGAGAACUGCGUGGAAUCAGUGAGGUCUCUGCAGAUCACAUCGGUCUCUCAGCACAGAAUUCUUUGUCCCUACGACGACCUCCUGGUCCCCCUUCUCAGUCCGUCAAGGGCAGCACAUCCAACUUCCCUUUUUGGCCAGGUGGAAUGGAUGAACCCACUCUUGAACAAAUGAAGGCCAUCAGUGAAGAGGAUGAAGCCUUGGACUUUGAGAAAGAUCUCUUAUCUGCUCCUCCUGGAUGGAAAAAUGGAAUGAAUUUCAAGCAAUUGGAUGGAUUGCGGCCCCCGGGGGUUCUCUCCUUGGCCAGCCUGCUGGGGACUCUAGAAGAUUUCACGCUGGCAGACUCCAGUGAGGAUGAAGAUGAAGCCAAAAUAAAACAGAAACCCAAGGCAGACAAGACAGAGGGACUUCACAGGACGAAUAGCCUGGAAGAGCUGGGUGUAGAGACGGUGUCUUCUGCUCCUGCACCCCCUCCCCCAGCCUCGCCUCUGCCACAAUCCACUCAGGAACAAUGGGCCAUUCCACUGAGCAGCCUCACCCCCGUGGAUGAUUUCUACAAACGUAUUCCAGACCUAGCCUUUAGGCAUCCAUUUGAACUGGACCUCUUCCAGAAGAAAGCCAUUCAGUGUCUUGAAGACGGUUUUUUCGGUCUUCAUCGCAGCUCACACGUCUGCGGGGAAGACUGUGGUAGCAGAAUAUGCCAUAGCACUGUGUCUAAAGCAUAUGACCAGAGCCAUAUAUACUUCCCCCAUAAAGGCCUUGUCCAAUCAGAAGUUUCGAGAUUUCAAAAUCACUUUUGGAGACGUCGGCCUGAUCACAGGAGAUGUCCAACUUUAUACAGGGGCGUCGUGUCUUAUUAUGACUACAGAGAUUUUACGAUCUAUGCUGUACAAUGGUUCUGAUGUUGUUCGAGACCUAGAAUGGGUCAUCUUUGACGAGGUCCAUUAUAUCAAUGAUGCAGAGCGAGGCGUCGUAUGGGAAGAGGUUCUGAUCAUGCUGCCGGACCACGUCAAUAUUAUUCUGCUGAGUGCCACAGUCCCCAACACCGUGGAGUUUGCAGACUGGAUUGGGAGGAUAAAGAAGAAGAAGAUCUAUGUCAUCAGUACCACAAAGAGGCCGGUGCCGCUGGAACAUUAUCUGUACACCGGGAACAGUCAGAAGACGCAGAAUGAGUUCUUCCUGUUGCAGGACGCUUCUGGAGCCUUCCAGACCAAAGGCUACUAUGCUGCUGUUGAUGCCAAAAAGGAGCGAUCCUCUAAAUAUUCGCAAACGUUCGGAGCAAAACACCCACAUGGGGGUGGAGCUGGGCAUGAUAAGGGCACAUGGCUGUCUCUGAUCCAGUCUCUCCGGAAGCGAGAUGCCCUCCCAGUGGUGAUUUUCACCUUCUCCCGAACUCGGUGUGAACAGAAUGCCUCUGCACUGACCACAGUAGACCUGUGCACGGCUUCAGAGCGGAGUGAGGUCCAGACGUACUACACCAAGUGCUUGAGCCGCCUGCGUGGGAGUGACCGCCAGCUCCCGCAGGUACUGCACAUGCUGGAUUUGUUGAAGAGAGGGAUUGGUAUCCAUCACAGCGGAAUCCUGCCCAUCCUGAAGGAAGUGGUGGAGAUGUUGUUCAGCCGCGGACUGGUUAAGAUUCUGUUCGCCACAGAGACUUUUGCCAUGGGAGUUAACAUGCCGGCUCGCACGGUGUGGUGUUCGAUUCAAUCCGAAAACAUGAUGGCACCAACUUCCGAGACCUGACUCCAGGAGAAUAUAUACAGAUGGCCGGCCGUGCUGGGCGUCGAGGUUUGGACAAUACUGGUAUGGUGAUAAUAUUAUGUAAAUCAGACGUACCAGAGAUGAGCGAUUUGCACAAGAUGAUGCUG